UCUAGGUGAAUUAAUUUGGCGUCAACAAUGUGCGAAAUUUAAUACCAAAUGGACGUAAUACAGUUAUUGUUAUGGAAAAGACCAAACUUGAAUAUAUUAGGCUCAUGUGUCAAAUGAAAAUGACUGGAGCAAUUUGUAAGCAAUUCAAUGGUUCUGGUGUAUUCAAUGGUUCUGGUGUGAGAUUCAAUGGUUCUGGUGCAUUGCGAGGUUUUAAUCAAGCGGAUUGUUCGAAGUUCUUACAAUUUAUCACUGGUACAUCUAAAGUGUCGUUACAAAGUUUUGCUGCGUUAGAAGGCAUGAACGGCAUACAAAAGUUCCAAAUUCACAGAGAAGACAAGUUGACAGACAGGCUUUCAUUUGCACAUAUUUGUUUCAAUCAACUGGAUUACGAGACGUAUGAUAAACUCUAAACAAAUCUACUCAAGGCGACUUACGAAUGCACCAAAGAAUUUGGAUUUGCAUAAGCUUACCAGAAUUUGCUCCAGUACAAUUUCAAUUUCAAUCGAUACAAUUUCGCGUUCAAUCGAUGAUAUUCUAGAGACCAAACUUAUGAUUGGAUCUUUACAGCCAGUGAUAACAUUCCGGACGUGCAAUGGCCUAUUGCUUGCAAAAUUUUUAACGUACUUACAAAAAUUGUUAUACGCAAUGCUAUAUGUAAAACUAUCUUGUGAACGUAGCGAAUCACAGUGCUCUAAUUGCUAUAAUAUGUAUUAUUAUACUUAUACGACUUUAUAAAUACGAAAUAUAUAUUUUCAUUUUAUCAUACACAUUAACUCUCAUGUAAUUAAUGGACAAUAAUUUAUUCGUUAAUAUAUACGCUAAUAAAAACGCUGAUUUUAAAA